UCAAAGUGAGUGGCAACAUAAUGAAAAAAAAGCCGCCAAAACACUCGCAAACAUCGUUGACACCGGUUUCAUAAACAUUUAUUGCGUUUUCUCUCGAAAUUCAUAAAAAAAGAUGCAGGCAUACCUGAAAACGGGCAAAGUUGGCGGUGGAUUUGCCAAACCGAGCACAUCGUCUGGCAAAGAAUCAGAAAUUAAUGCCAAAAAAAUCGUUCCUUGGGUUGAAAAAUACCGGCCAAAGAAAGUCGAUGAUGUGGUUGAACAAAAAGAGGUGGUUGCCGUUCUGAAAGACUCUCUGACGGGUGCAGAUUUGCCAAAUUUAUUACUGUACGGACCACCAGGUACUGGAAAAACAUCGACAAUUCUGGCUGCCUCCCGUCAGUUGUUCGGUGACAUUUACAAAGAAAGAAUUUUGGAGCUGAAUGCCUCCGAUCAGCGUGGUAUUGAUGUUAUUCGAACCAAAGUCAAAAACUUUGCACAGUUGACAGCAAGUUCCGUUCGACCAGACGGCAAACCAUGUCCGCCAUUCAAAAUCAUUAUUCUUGACGAGGCCGAUUCCAUGACACAUGCCGCUCAAGCGGCUCUACGUCGAACAAUGGAAAAAGAAAGCAAAACGACCCGAUUCUGUUUGGUAUGCAACUAUGUAUCUCGAAUUAUUGAGCCAAUCACAUCGCGUUGCACGAAAUUCCGUUUCAAGGCACUUGCCCGUGAUAAAAUAAUCGAGCGUUUACAGUACAUUUGCCGUGAAGAGAAUGUGGCCAUCGACAACGAUGUGUUCGACAUAAUUGUUGACAUUUCUGACGGUGACAUGCGUCGUGCCAUCACAACAUUGCAAUCAUGCUUCCGUCUCAAAGUCGGCCAAGGAAACGUCACAAAAACUGACAUCUUCGAAAUGAGCGGUUUGAUCCCCGACAAAUACUUGUCAGACUUUUUGGAAGUGUGCAAAAAAGGCGAUUACAGCAAACUUGAAGCAUACGUACAAGACAUUCAAUACGAAGCAUACUCCAUUGCCCAAUUCUUCGAGCAGUUCAACGAUUAUGUGAUUACAAGCAAGGCGCUGACGUGCAAGCAAAAGGCGGCAAUUUGCGAUAAAUUGGGUGAAUGCUGUUUUCGUAUGCAAGAAGGUGGUUCAGAGUACCUACAAAUCAUGGACUUGGGCUGCAACAUUAUUCGAACAGUUCAAGCCUAAGAAGAAAAUCCCAUUCAUUUCAUUUCAUUUCCAUUACGUUGUAACUCGAGUUUAUUUGUUAUGAUUUACCAUUUCUUUUCUAAAUAAAAUUAUUCUCAAAACUUA